AUGAAGCUCGCUGAACACAUCUACCGAGACGUCAGCAGCCGCGGGUUUCUUCCCGUUUUAGGAACUGCCUGGAUACUCGCCCCCAGGUUCCUGCGCCAUCUGAUCUCCUCCUUCUUCCAGUUCGUCCAGAGCCGACUUCCCUUUGCGUGGACGUUCCUAGACUGGCUUUCCCUUUGGCUUGUUGAUGUCUUCCGCCUUUUCUCGGGCUACUUCGCAGCCUCAGGGCUCGACAUGUGCAAGCGACCUGAGAAGCCGCUCCAACUCUACGAAUUCGAGGGAUGCCCCUUUUGCCGGAAAGUUCGCGAGACUCUCAGCGUCUUGGCGCUCGACUGUGAAAUCUACCCGUGCCCUCGAGAGACACUGAGAGUCGCCGGCUACUGCAAGGACUCCCGGUAUCGUCCGACUGUUAAAAGGGCAGGUGGAUCUUUGAUGUUUCCCUAUUUGGAGGACCCAAACAGCGGCGUCCGUAUGUAUCAGUCUGACGAGAUCAUCAAGUACCUGUGGCGAGAGUACGGCUCCAACGCGCGCGCGCCGCUGAACUACAGGCUCGCCAAAGUUGGAUUCUUCGAGAUGAUCUCCCUCCCUCUCACCACUUUCUGCCGCCCCAUGAUGACUGCUGGCAUUCUGCGCGUGCCUGCCGAGGUGCCUAAGAAGCCUCUGGAGCUCUGGGGGUGCGAGGCCUCGGCGCCCACCCGCCGCGUCCGCGAAAUUCUCACGAGCUUGGAGCUGCCCUACACGCUCCACACGACUGCGAUCGGCAGCGGGAAGACGCGGCCGUCGCCCGUUGGCAAGACGCGCUCAUGGCCAUCGGCGUUCCCCGCGAACUGCUUCGGCCUGGCCUGCUACGCCUCCGCCAUUCCCACGUACCUCCGCGACCCCAACACCGACGUCGAGCUCGGCAACUCUGCGGCGAUUGCUCAGUAUCUUCUCGACACCUAUCAAAAGGGCGAUGCCCCCAAGGAGACGUGGCUGAUGUACGGCAAGGGCGGCGUCGCCAACGACUGA